AUGUCGCAACUGCAAGCCCAGUCAUUCCUUCAAGAAAGGAAACAGGAAGGAUCUUACGACAGUAUUCUCAGGAACACUCAAGAUUACAAGGAAUUCGACGAUUUCUUCAAGGUGAGAAUCUAAAUUUUUUAAACCAUUUUUUAAACCAAGUUUUUUUUUUCCAGCAUCGAGUGGAUACUGUUAAAAGAACCAUUAUUUUGGAUGCUUUUAGCGUCAUGAAGUAUUCCGGUAAGAUUUAAUUUUUUCUUCAAAUGAUGUGUGGUUCACAUUAAAUUCAGUCAUUGAGUGCUUUUAAAUUUUUUUAGGGAAAGAAGCGAAUUUUCGGAAUUUUUUAACACUUAUCUUUUUUCUUCGGACUUUUAUAUGCACAUAUAAUGAUUUGAUUGACGAUUUGAAAUUAUAAAUCUAUAGAGAAUGAGAAAAACAACCGGGCAGCUAGGAAACUUUUUCACUUGACUCUACAGAACGGUUCAGAAAAUGAUUAACAAUAAAAACUAUGAAAACUCACGUAAACUUUGCAAUUUUAUAGAUGAUUUUGCUGAGAAUUUUUUUAUUGGAAAACAAAAAAAAAAUGCUGAGCAUACUUUUAUGAGCCAAAUUUUCUUGACAGCUCCUGCUAAACUUAAUGUAUUCCCUUACAGUUAACAGUGGAACUCUCGAGAUGGGCCCGCUGUUGAGUUUUCUUCGGCUGUUCGUGGUCAACAAUUUUGAAGUUUAUGGACUCCUUGCACGGAAUUUCUUCAAUCGGAAGAAUACACAUGAAGGUAUUCUACUGAACGUGAGUUGGAACAUUUAUGAACAUUUGACCUCCUCAUUUUUCAGAAACUCCUGGAGAAAAAGUUAUUGAUAGCGGUGUCAAACGGGGAACAGGCGAAACAGGAUAUUUUCGCUCACGCUGAAAAGACAGACGGAUUGAUCGUCUCCAACAACCGAUUCAGGUGUGGUUUUAAAAAAAUGUGGAAACUUUUGAUGCAAAACAAAUAGUCUUAGCGGCCAUCAAACCGAAUCAUAUUUUUUUAUCAUCGAAAAUAAUUGAAAAAAGCUACUAGAGAAGUAGUUUUGUGGAUGCGGUAAAUUUAGAGCUUUUUUUCCAUGCUUGACCUUUUUUCGUGCAACGCAGAGGGUAAUCAUUUUCAUCCAGGAUUCAUAUUUUGUUGAUAACUUUCUAUUUUUCUGGUGAAUUUCCAGAAGUUUAAAGAUUAAACUGUUCAAAUAUAUCCUGAAACGCGUCUGAAAGUAACGGUGAAUUUUCAGAGACAUGAACAAUGAAAAGUGGAAGCCUCUGCUUGAAAAUAAUCUUGUCCAUUUUUACACGUUGCCUUUGGAAAAGCCAGAUCGUUUCAAAAGAACCCGAGAUCACAGACAUUAUAUGUGCGACGUCCGCUUCGGAUUUUUUAACAGCGAUUUCACACAACGCUGUAUGUCAGGUAUUCCCCUACGAAAAAAAACCUCUGAAUCAAUUUUUGUUUGUUUUCAGAAACUUUUGUAUUUUAUCUUUAUGAUGCGCUCUAUGAGAAGGCAGAAAAAGCAAGGCUGAGAUGGUCGUCUGAAGUCAAAAAAGAGGUUGUUUUUGCCGGAUUUCAGUUCUUAGAAAAGAUUUUUUAGUAACAGCGUAAGCCAAUUCGACUCUUGAGAGUUUUGGAAAAGUUCGAAAAAAAGUUUACUUUGAAGUAAAAAGAUUCAAAACUGGAAACACCUAGUUUUUUUACAAAUUCAUAAGAUUUUUGACAUUUAGAUCUUAUUUCUUAGAAGUAGGAAGCGUGCUGUUGAAACUUUGAAAUACUCUAUCUGGUUAAUCAAAUAGUUUCUGCUCGAUUUCCAGAAAAUUCUCAACCCGUAAUGAUUUUUUUCAUUUAAAAAUCAUAUUAAACUUUUUUUGAAAAGUUUUUGGAACAAAAACUAUUUGAUGUCUUACUCGAUUUUUUUCUCCUAAUUUUUUUCAGUCUUACCAUGGAUUUUUUUCAGGCUUUGCAAUGCCUUGACGAUUUGAUCUACAUCCACACCGUUGAAAAGAAUCGCGAUCCUGAAGUAAACUCAUUGCCGCCCGCUGUGGGAACGAAUAUGGGAAACAAGGAGGAGGAAAAGAAAGGAGAAGAAGAAGAAGUUGCCAGUACUUCGGAAAAAGUUGCCGGUACUUCGGAAGAAAUUGCCGGUACUUCGGAAAAAGUUGUCGGUACUUCGGAAGAAGCUGUUGGUACUUCGGAAGAAGUUGCCGGUACUUCGGAGGAAGUUGCCGGUACUUCGGAAGUAGACCUCAUCCAAUUCAGCGACGAUGAAGAAGAUGUGGAAAACCAAGCAGGAGGAGAAGAAGAAGGACAAGCAGGAGGUGAAGAAGGAGAAGGAGAAGGAGAAAAAAAGGAAGAAGCUAGUGGUCCAUGGGUCGACGAUUUAA